UGUUCCCAUAGCUCACUUCUUCUACUAAACCAAAUAGCUGCAAGAAAGCUUCAAGUUGGAACUCAUGGGUCCAUCAAUGGUGUUUCUCGUUGCCGUUCUCAUGGCCAUUCUCUCAUCCUCAUUCGCCUAUGGCGACAACAACCCAUCGGCAUACGCGGUGCUCCAAGAAUACGACUUCCCGAUCGGCCUUCUUCCCAAAGGAGUAACAGGGUACGAAUUAGACAAAGAAUCUGGAAAUUUCAAGGCUUAUUUUGACGGAACUUGCCGCUUCUCCAUUGAAAAUUCAUACAACCUCAGGUACAAAUCCACCAUAACUGGUGUUUUGUCCAAGGGCAGGCUCAAAAAUUUGGAUGGCGUCAGUGUUAAGAUACUAUUAUUUUGGCUCAACAUUGUCGAAGUUAUUCGCGAUGGCGACGACCUACAAUUCUCUGUGGGGAUUGCUUCAGCAGACUUUUCCAUUGACAACUUUGAGGAGAGUCCGCAGUGUGGGUGUGGAUUUGCUUGUAAGAGUAGAGCUAGCUCUACAAGUAGAACUGCGCUGACCUAGAUCCAACCUAGCAUAAAAAAAAAAAAAAGAGUCAACAAAGCAGGAAUUAUAUUUGUGGCAAACUAGCAAGCUGGACAUCUCCCAGUAGUAUCUGGUUGAAAGACUUGUCAAAGCUGCGUGUCUCGAUCCAUACAUUCUCCGCGUAAGAGUAGGGCUAGCUCUACGUAUAUAUAUCGUUAAUUAGCCGUAAAUUGUUUAGCAUGCUUUAAAGAAUGUUCAUAUUCAGCUUU